AUGAAUCCCACCAAUGUGACCAUGACAGCUAAUGAACCCAAAUGCUCGGAUUUCUUACCGGGGCUUCCCACUAGGCCCUCACCGGGCAAAGGAAGAAGGGGAGAACACGUCCCUCACAUCUCCUGCCAGGCAUUAAACUACUCCUUAGCCAGAAGCAACCUCUUUUACGUCCUCACUCUCUUCUGCUCUCUAGCUCAAACUUCUCUCAAUGACUGCGGCAAAAGAUUCUUCAGGCUAGAAUGGAGCAGGUCCUACACGCUCUCCUCUGAGCCUGGUUCCUCACUGUCAGGGACAUCCAGCAGAGGCAGAGACUUUACAGCCAGCCUGUGCCUCUCACAAGCAUUACCCAGAAUUGGAAAAGAGGUGAUUAUAACCAAGCAAAGGGAAUUAGUGCCUCCUGCUUACAAGGUUUCUGUUCUCUUUUGA